AUGAAGAUCGUUUACAUUGGUGUCCUCCGCAACGCGCAACCCGAUCCGAUCGAGCUAUGUUGCGAGCGGGAGCUGAGCAGCUACUCCCGCUUCACUCGGGGAAGCAUCGCGGAGUUCACGACCAUGUUCAGUAAGCUUCUCACCGGGCGAACAAGCCCCGGCCAACGGCAGGACGUCCAAGAAAAGGAUUUCACCUUCCACGUCUACGCCUCCAGCGCAUCACCCGGCAUCACAGGCGUGAUUAUCAGCGAUGACGAAUACCCCUCGAUGGCUGCGCACCAGAUUCUCUCCAAGCUCCUCGAUGAGUUCACGACCCAGAACCCCUCCGCUACAAGCGCCACCGGCCCCGUCUCCUUUCCCGCCCUCACCUCCUACAUCACCAAGUAUCAGGACCCGCAGAAUGUUGGCAGUAUCCUGAAGAUCCAGAAGGAGCUUGAUGAGACGAAGGUGGUUUUACAUAAGACUAUUGAGAGUGUUCUGCAACGUGGUGAGAAACUCGACGACCUUGUGCAGAAGAGCGAGGGUCUCAGCUCGCAGAGCAAGAUGUUUUACACUAGCGCGAAGAAGCAAAACUCCUGCUGCAUUAUCAUGUGA